AUGGUAGUACAGGAGGUACGAAAUGAAACAUUCCAGACGGAAGAGAGAGAGAAGAAAAGAAAAAGAGUAAAAGCAAAAAGAACUCGUCAAGAGGACAGAGUUGUAGUAGAGCCCGCUUUUGCACCAAAAAACGUGCGCAUUUCAGAAUACAUUUCAAACAGUACAAACGUAAAUCACAAGAUAUACAGAGACAUUCUUAUAAAUAGAAGAAAUGGAGAAAGAGUCACUGUACUUAACCAGUUGAAAUAG